AUGAUUGUGAGCACCUCGGAAUCGAUGCCGAAGGUCUUGUCGCUAAUUAAAUAUCAGAAGGCUAUCCAAGCGCGCGAGCUCAUCCCAGGAAGCACAGAGGGGCAAUUUAUUUCUAGCAAUGUUCCCCUCAGUUUCUGGGGAGGCGUUGACCCCGAGACCGGGGUCGUGAUUGACAGUCAUCAUCCCUUGGUCGGGAAAUCGGUCGCUGGCAAGAUUCUUGCCAUUCCAAGCGGUCGCGGGUCUUGCACAGGAAGUGGUGUUAUUCUUCAAUUGAUUCUUAAUGACUGCGCGCCGCUUGCUCUCAUAUUCGGCCGCGAGGAGAUGAUUCUAACCAUCGGGGUUCUUGUCGCCCAGGAAAUGUUCGGGAAGAGUAUCCCUGUUCUGAAUGUUCCGAUGUCUUCAUUAGACAAACUUCAAGAUAUCAACUGGGCGCGGAUAUCAGGCGGCCAGAUAUCUUUUGGAGUAGCCACAGAUGACCCAGAGCUGGAGACGUCUUUGAAACAAUCUGAUCGCAGGCUUGAUACUCCGUCGCUACAUCUGACUCCCUUCGACCAAGAAUUGCUGGACGGCUUGCAUGGAAAAGCAGCGCAGAUUGCAAUGCGAGUUAUUCUUCGAACAGCACAGAUUGAAGGCGUGACUUCACUAAUUGAUAUCACCAACGGACACAUUGAUUGCUGCAUCUACACGGGACCUGCAACUUUAGAAUUUGCACAAAGACUAUGUGACAUGGGAGGAAGAUUCAGAAUUCCGACAUCAUUGAACUCAAUCUCUGUCGACCAAAGGCUAUGGCGCUCUCAAGGGGUUGAUCCGGCGCUUGGAGAGCCUUCUGAGGAGCUGGCGCGUGCUUACCUAGAGAUGGGAGCUCGGCCGACAUUCACCUGUGCCCCAUAUCUCCUCGAGGAAGCCCCAAAAUUGGGAGAAAACAUUGCCUGGGCCGAGUCAAAUGCCGUGGUAUUUGCGAAUAGCGUUCUUGGGGCAAGGACCAUCAAAUGCCCGGAUUAUCUGGAUGUGAUGUGUGCCCUGACUGGUCGUGCGCUGAAUACUGGCUGUCAUAUAACCGAAAACCGCAAGGCCACAAUGGAAGUUCACUUUGCAUCUGCUGAAGGGGCUGAUGAUACUCUUUUCCCACUUCUCGGAUACCUUGUUGGCGACAUAGCUGCCGAGUGCAUUCCCAUUGUGACUGGGCUUGAAAAGCAGGGUGUCACGACCGAGGACCUAAAGGCAUUUGGAGCUGCUUUUGCUACGACAAGCUCGUCGCCAAUGUUUCACAUUGCCGGAAUCACGAUAGAAGCACGCAGUACCGAGGAGAUCCAAGACCACUUGAAAGAUACAACACGGGUUACAAUAACACGAUCGGAUUUAGUUAAACAAUGGUGUCGAUUCAACAAGUACAGCGAGGGCCACAGCGAUAACCACAUCGAUUUAGUAUCAUUGGGCAAUCCUCAUUUCUCGUAUGAUGAGAUUGUGAAAGCUGUCAACCUCUGUUCGGGUCGCAAGAAGACCGAGCGAGCUACUAUGGUGAUUACAUGCAAUCGAGAUACAUACUCUCGAGCAGCCCGGGACGGCCACAUUUCUGCACUGGAAGAUUUCGGGGCCCUGAUAAUUACUGAUACCUGCUGGUGCAUGAUUCAAGAACCAGUGAUCCCCCCCCGGUUCACGAACAAUCAUCACAAGCUCGGCCAAGUAUGCCCACUAUGGAAAAGGAUUGACUGGUCGACAAGUUCGGUUUGGGGGGGUUGGCACAAUGUGUAG